UGUCGUGUUUUCCAUUUGUUUUUCUCAGACACCGAUCGCCGUACUAUUUCUGAAAAUGGUGGCUUCUCAAAGAAUGAAGGUAGCUAACGAAAAAGCCAGCAAAUACGUCACCAUGAGAGGAAAUGUGCCCAAAUCAAGCAAAUCAAAUGAAGAUUCCUCCCCUGUUGGUCCCUGGCUCUUGGGAUUGUUCGUCUUUGUUGUCUGUGGAUCAGCUGUGUUUCAAAUCAUCCAAAGCAUCCGUAUGGCAUAGGAAGAAUUGAAGCAUCACGACCAUUAAGACUGCACAAAAAAGUUGGGGUGGGAAUACAAAGAACUGUUCCAAACAAGUUAAAAUUCUGUGUGUAAAUGAACAUUAUAAACUUUUCAUUCCACACUUAUUGAAACCAAUUUACUUCCUCAUUGCAACAGCUGAGGAAUGGAUGGGAAAGGCAAAAUAUAUUUUAUGGACAGACAAA